GGUGGGAGAAACAGAGAUGGAGGACCCCCUUCGGGGAGAUGUUCAUCAUUAUGGGAUAGAUGCGCAGGUCUGCCCGUUGCCAUGGAUACCAGCACGCGAAAAUUCACAGUUCGGAGAUGGUUUUCUAUCUACCUGAAGAACAAGGCGGCAAGGAACAAGAACAGCCCUGGAUUCUGCCAACUAGAGGAUGACAGCAUACUGAAGGAGAUUGACAUCAGCCACCAUGUUAAGGAGGGUUGUGAAAAAGCAGACCCGUCUCAGUUCCAGCUGCUUAAAGUGCUGGGACAGGGCUCCUAUGGGAAGGUGUUUCUGGUGAGGAAGAUCAGAGGAGUGGAUAGAGGACAACUGUAUGCCAUGAAGGUCCUGAAGAAAGCCACAUUAAAAGUUCGGGAUCGUGUGCGCUCUAAGAUGGAAAGAGACAUUCUAGCAGAAGUGAACCAUCCAUUUAUAGUUAAACUGCAUUAUGCCUUCCAGACAGAAGGAAAGCUCUAUCUGAUCCUAGACUUCCUCCGAGGAGGAGACCUUUUCACUCGUCUGUCAAAGGAGGUAAUGUUUACAGAAGAGGAUGUGAAGUUUUACCUUGCAGAGCUGGCCCUGGCCUUGGACCAUCUACACAGUCUGGGGAUCAUCUACAGGGACCUCAAGCCUGAAAAUAUUCUUCUGGAUGAAGAAGGACAUAUCAAGAUAACUGACUUUGGAUUGAGUAAGGAGGCCAUCGACCAUGACAAAAGGGCAUAUUCCUUCUGUGGAACAAUAGAGUACAUGGCUCCAGAGGUUGUAAACAGGAGAGGGCAUACACAGAGUGCUGACUGGUGGUCAUUUGGUGUUCUUAUGUUUGAGAUGUUAACAGGAUCAUUACCGUUCCAAGGGAAAGAUCGGAAGGAAACAAUGGCACUUAUUCUAAAGGCUAAGCUGGGAAUGCCACAGUUCCUCAGUCCUGAAGUACAGAGUUUAUUAAGAGCACUUUUCAAGAGGAACCCUGCUAAUCGACUAGGUGCAGGACCAGAAGGAGUGGAAGAAAUAAAAAGACACCGCUUCUUUGCAUCGAUAGACUGGAAUAAGUUGUACAGGAAGGAAGUGAGGCCUCCUUUCAAACCAACUGUUGGAAGACCUGAAGACACUUUUCAUUUUGACCCUGAGUUCACAUCCAGAACACCAACUGAUUCCCCUGGUAUCCCUCCCAGCGCGAACACACACCAGUUGUUCCGUGGUUUCAGUUUUGUUGCAACUAAUCAAAACCAGGAGCCCAGUGUUGCUACAGUAGCGCCUUCCCGCCAGGAGGUGAACAAUAUCAACCCAAUAGCCCAGCGCCUCCGUGGGGAUGUGGUCUUCAGUGAUGUUUAUGAGCUGAAGGGAGAAGUGGCACAGACAGCGACCUCCAUCUGGAGAAGGUGCCUUCACAGAGUUACUGCUGUGGAGUAUUCGGUGAAGAUUAUUGACAAAACAAAGAAAGAUCCAUCAGAAGAGAUUGAGAUCCUACUGAGAUAUGGGCAGCAUCCAAAUAUCAUUACCCUGAAGGAUGUGUUUGAUGACAGCCAGCAUGUGUUCCUGGUUCAGGAUCUACUGAGAGGAGACGAGCUGCUGAACAGAGCUCUGUCGGUGCCAAAUUUUACAGAGCGAGAUGCAUCAGACAUCAUCUGCACACUGACCAAGACUGUGGAAUAUUUACACUCACAGGGGGUUGUCCAUCGAGACCUGAAACCCAGUAAUCUUCGGUAUUCUGAUGACAGUGGACUCCCAGAAUGCAUCAGGAUUUGUGAUUUUGGUUCUGCCAAACAGCUCAGAGCUGAAAACGGCUUAUUAAUGACCCCUUGUUUCACAGCGACAUUCAUGGCUCCUGAGGUUCUGAGGAAGCAGGGUUAUGAUGCAGCCUGUGACAUCUGGAGCCUGGGGAUCCUGCUCUACACCAUGAUAGCUGGUUUCAGCCCAUUUGCCAGCACUCCCAAGGACACAGCAGAGGAAAUUCUGGCUCAGAUUGCCAGUGGGAAAUUGAUGAUCACAGGAGGAAACUGGGACCUGGUGACUGAUUCUGCCAAGGAUAUUGUGAGCAAAAUGCUCCAUGUGGAUCCUCACCAGCGCCUGACUGCUCCACAGGUUCUUCGUCACCCCUGGAUUGUAGAGAGAGACCAGCUCUCUGACAGAGCUCUCACCAGACAAGAUGCAGUCACUGUCAAGGGUGCUCUGUCAGCCACCUAUGCUGCUCUGAGGCGCUGUGCUCCUGCUCCGGUCCUGGAGCCUGUUCAGUCCUCCAGCCUGGCUCAGCGCAGAGUGAUGAAGAAACUGGAGAGUCCAGAAGUUCAUUCAGAC